AUGUUGGCUCUCUCACUCAAUCUGCUUCUUGUUGCCCUUGGGGCUACUUCUACCUUUGCUGCACCCGCAGAUGGGCUCGUGCCAGACCGCGUGGCCCAUGCAAAGCGGGCUACAUGCACUCCAGCCAGUCUUGACGACACUUCGAAGGAUGAUACUCCAGCCAUCAAAGCAGCUAUAACUUCAUGUGGCAAUGGAGGCACAAUUGUCCUUCCAGCUGGCAAGACCUACAGCAUCCGGACUAUGCUGGAUUUCACUGGUUGCACAAACUGCGAUUUCCAGUUUGAAGCUUUGUUGAAAGUAUCCAGUGAUACCACGUACUGGGCCACCCAGGAAGCAAUUAUCUUGAUGAAAAACAUCAAUGGAGCCAAAUUCCGCUCACUCACUGGUACCGGCGUCAUUGAUGGGAACGGCCAAAACGCCUAUGAUAUUUUCGCAGUAGAUUCAUCACUUAAACGACCAACCGUGCUAAAUGUUCUGGGUGGUUCCAACCUCGUCGCCUCGGGGUUCAGAAUCAAGAACCCCCCUAACGUCUUCAUCAACCAGAAGGGUGCCGCAACCAACAUGAACUACGCAAGCCUGACCAUGGAUGCCGCGUCCAAGUCCACCAACCUUCCCAAGAACACCGACGGAUUUGACGUUGGAGAGAGCACCUACACCACCAUCAAAGAUGUGAAAAUCACCAACUACGAUGACUGCAUUGCUUUCAAGGGCGGCUGCAACUACGUGACUGUCGAUGGCGUCACAUGCUCUGGUGCUAGUCACGGCCUCUCUGUCGGAUCUCUUGGUAAAACCAACGCGGAUACUGUCAAGAACGUAUAUGUCACAAACGCCAUAAUGAACGACUGCACCAAGGCAGUAGGCAUUAAGCUGUACAACGGCGGAUCCAGCCACGGUUCUUCCACCGUCUCCAACGUCACGUAUGACGGGGUCACUGUCAACGGAUGCGAGUAUGCUGCUCAAAUCCAAACCUGCUACGGCGCGUCGUCUGAUGCGGACUGCGCUGCGAACCCGGCAUCAGCAAGCUUGACGGGGAUCAACUUCAAGAAUUUCAAGGGCACGACCAACUCCAAGUAUGCGCCAGUGGUGUCAAACCUUAACUGCAAGCUCACGGGAUCCUGUGAUAUUCACUUCACCAACUACGCCGUGAACCCACCGAGCGGCACGGCCAAGAACCUCUGCAAUGGUGUCAGUAGCAGCGCUGGGAUAACCUGUAGCUCAGGGGCUUCAGGAUGA